AUGAUGACGUUUGAUAAGCUUUGCGGUUUGGGAUAUAUAUCGAAGCUGCGAAGGAUGCGUCUAGAAUGGCUCGUGUCGUGGAAUUCUACGGCAAGCUCCGAAGAGCCCUUUCAUGUUUCUCCUCUCCUCCUGCUCAGAUGUUUCGCUCUAGGCCCGGCACCGGAGGUAAAACCCACCGGCCUGUUUGAGAGAUGCCAGGCCAGGUAUUUUGGGAAGAACCCAAGCGGCAUGCGUACGUGA